CUUAAAUAUUUAUUGUUGAAAUAUAUUCAGUAACAAACAUGAAGAAAGAAAUAAGCGGGACACCCACGAAAAUUUCGGAUAUGAAGAAGUUGAUUAAAAGUUUGGAUAAAUUAUCUUUGAAGAUUGAUCAGCUACGUAAUCGUAAGGAUUCUCAACCAAUUUUCGAGACAGAUAAAGAGAAUUUUGAGCAGGCCAGCGAAUUUUUAAAUAAAGGCUGAAUGUUCAGUCGUGCUUACUGAACAAAAGAGGAAGGUCGAUGAAUGUGUAAACCUUAUCUUCACUCAUCCCUCCCAUCGAUUAAAGAGGCCGAACCAACAUUAAUUAGCAGAAAAAGGAAAAAUAAAGAAUGCAGAAUUGGAAGGAUAUCCCACAAAGUCAGAGCCAUAGGGGAUAGUAAAAUAAACCGUAUCGAAAGACCUACUCAAAAAACACAACAUUGAAGAAAUACUAGGACAACUCUGCAGAAUAAAAGAAACAAGAAGUAUACCCAAAAAGACUUUGAAACAUUCGAGGCUCUUAACCAACUAGAAGCCAGAUCAUACUAUAUCCAGACCUUAUUCUCCCAGAACGACAACUUCGAAAUGUCUGUUGUCAGGUGCUAAACACUCUCCUAUCUUAACACAGUGUGUUAACCUUCAUACUAAAAUUCCUAGUUUCUU